GCCAGUCGAGCUCGCGCACGGCCCUGCCGAUCACCGUGGUGACGGCGUGUCCAAGCUGAGAGCGUCCGGCUUACAACGCCCGUGGUGACGAGCGCACUCGCAUGCGAUCCAAAUAGUCGCCGUGUCAUAUUAAUAAAGCGCGUGUGCAAUGGGACGGGCGUUCGUCUGUUUUCGCUACUUUCUGAUGUUCGGCGCGGUCGUUCUCGGACUUUCCGGAGCGAUCACGAGCAUAUUCUCCGGUUACUUCAUUUAUCAGCUGCACGAAUAUGCGCCGCUCACGCCUGACAAUGUAUGCGGCUCGUCUGCCACUUUACUGACGAUGGGGGUCAUCACCUGUGGUGUCGGAUGGUUCGCCUUUCAGUUCUUGAAUUUUUCCAACAGGGGCCAAGUCAUAACCUUCGCUGUAACAUUGACGAUCAUCACGGUAACCGAACUCGGCGUCGGGAUUUGGGCCUUGGUGCGACACGAACAAGUAGACGUCUUGCCGUCCGCGCGACUCGAAGAGAACUUUGCUCUUGCGACUACGGAUCAGAAAUCUAGUUGGGAUCACAUGCAGUCAAAGCUGCACUGUUGCGGAAUAGACGGACCGGCUGACUACCGCGGGCACAACUCGAUUCCUUGGUCUUGCUGCAACACAACCAACUCGGCGAACGAUAACAGUACCGAGGGCGCUUGCACUAAUAUUUACAAGCGUGGGUGUCAGCACGUAGUGAUAAAUCGAACCAGGUCGAUUCUCCUGUACGUUUUCCUGCUGGCUUUGUGCUCUGUCCUGCUACAGGUCUCCUUCAUAUUGUGCAUAUUCUGUUACGCUAAGAUCUACAGAAAGAAAAUGGAGAAGAGGGUACAAUUGGAGAUCGGCAAGCGCGCAAGCGAGCCAGACACGAAAGACAAUCUUCUGGCACGCCGAUCGAAACAUCUGAACAAUGUCGACGACUCCUAGCCAAUGCCGCGAAGCGUGAACGGUGAGAGUGUACGUCAUUUAAGGACGUUGCGUCACUGUGAUAUGCGAAGUACAUUUCGCGUAGUGACAAUAUCGACGGUGUACAGAUACACGGGUGAUAUUGACGUUGCUUCUGCAAUGCAGUACGAUCCGGGUGUGUCAAAAAGUAUCCCAGCAACGGAUUUCUCGGCAAAUUUCCAGUCGAUCUGUCCCCAGGAGUUGAUAAAAAAUUCGCGGUAUUAGGCGUGGAAUUGUUUGACGAAUGAAUCUCGAUUGAGAUCUUCGAUAAGAUAAGGCUGAUUGAAAGAACAAUUUUUUUUUUGCGACCGGAGAUAUGAAUGCCUUUUGAAGUGCCUUCUAUAUUUCUCGUUACAACUUCCUUCGGGGAAACUUGGACAGCAGACUUGUCAAGAUAUUUAUUCCUAAAAUACUUCUUGACACAUAGACUUCGGACAUUCUGUAUGAAAAUAAGAACAAUCGCAUGCCGAGAAGCGCUAAAAAUGUUUACAUCUUCUUCGUACUGCCGUUUCAUUAGUACCUCAUAGAUUUCCUUUUUGAGAAUCGAGCAUUUUCUUUUGUUUGUCCCCUUGAUACGAUUUUAUAUUUAUUUCUAUAGCUAUGUCGCAAGAGUUGCAUUUUUAUUUCGAAGAUACAAAAUCGCUUUAUUACAGCGGAACAAAACUGUAAGUAAUAAAGCGAUUUCUAGGAAUAAAACUUGCAUUGACAUUCGUGAGGCUUUUCGUUGAUUAAAGCAAAUUUUAAACAAUACGCGAUAAAAUUCUAUUUAUAUGAAAAUGAAAUUAUAAAUAGAACUCUGUCUUAAAUUCUAUUGCGAAUUAUAGAUCAUUUAAAGCAGGCUUUAGUUUGUACUUAAGACUUUGUUAGUCAGUGCAGCUAAUAAAUAGGCAAUAAGGUGCACAGUGCAAUGCUUCAUAUCAAUAAUGCAAAGGAAACUAAUAUAGAGUAUUGAGUAUAUAUGCAUCAUUCACUUAUCUUGUAUCACUUGAAAACACUUGAAUGACUUUAGAUUAGCAGAAUGUAAUUACAAGAUAUUAAUUCUUUUUUAACGGAAAUAUAGAGUAAUUGUUAA